AUGACUAACGUGUCUGUCGUAGUGGGAGCGGCCAGCAACCUGGGCUAUCACGUGUUGAAGAGACUGACAAAAUCGUACAAUGGAAAAAUAUACUUUACAACAGAAGAUGAAACGGCUGGAUACAACAUAUACGAAAACUUGAAAAAGACUGGCGCUAACAUCGAAUAUUUCAGAAUGGAUGUGACGUACACGAAGAGCAUUAUAAAUUUCAGACAUCACAUACAAGACUCAGAUGAGAGGAUCGAUCUUUUGAUAAACAACACAGAUUACGUUCCAACGCAGAGGAAACUAUCGCACGCUGAAAAAGUUAGAAGAAUUAUGAGUGUUAAUUUUUAUGGAUACAUAAAUUUCGGUAAACUCGUUUAUCCAUUGUUGACUGAAAACGCUAGGGUUGUUAACGUUUCCGGACCAGCUGGACUUUUAGCUACUAUUGAAAAUGAAAAGAUAAGAAAAAGGAUAAGCGAUCCAACUCUCACUGAAGAUGAAUUAGUAGCGGUCAUACAGGAUUACGAGGAAGCUGUUAGAAAAGGCGUUGAGAAAACUGAAGGUUGGGGAUUGAAUGCUCACGCUUUCAGUAAGGUCGCAUUGAGUGCUGUCACCUUCCUUCAGCACCGCGAAUUGUCGAGUAAAGGAGUGAUAAUAAAUUGUGUCAACCCGGGAGGUGUUACUAGUCGUGAUGAUAGAAAAUCUACAAAAGUGUAUGAGGAAGGCGCCAAAGCUAUAUUAUACUUGGCCUUGGAAGCACCUUUAUCGAUAAAAGGAAACUUUGUGUGGAGCAACUAUAGUGUGAUUGAGUGGAACAGUGAUCCAUAUGUUGAAGUGACAACUGUAUAG